UUUAAGGUAUUCACAUUUCUUGCAUACAGCUGUAAUCAGAUUCUAGUGAUCAGUGUAAACAUAGCAUGUUAAUAACGUGUAAAAGAAGUUGCUCACUAUGAACAAAGAGCAAAGCGGUGUCCUAAGGGCAUGGGAAGCCACCGUACGCAAAACACAAGCAGCAAAAAAGCGCGCAAAUAACAUUUUCGGGACAAUAUCUAUGGCAAAUGUAGCAGACGUUGAUCCUGAAGAUGAUAAUGAUAAAAGCGUAGGCAUAUCUGGGGAGGCAUACUUCACAGAGAAAAUUCUUCCUAAUGGAGAUUAUUACACAGGACAGUGGUAUGAUAAUUUUCCUAAUGGACAAGGGAAAUAUUUAUGGACCGACGGUUGCAUGUUCUUAGGAGAGUGGCAUAAGGGCAAGACAAUGGGAAGGGGAAGGUUUAGUUGGCCCUCUGGUGCUAUUUAUGAAGGAGACUUCAAAAGCGGAUAUAUGGAUGGGACUGGAAUAUAUACUGGACCCAGUGGGGAUACUUAUAAGGGACAAUGGCUGAUGAACUUGAAACAUGGUCAUGGCAUAAAGCAUUAUUCAAAUGGAGAUUGGUAUGAUGGAGAAUGGCGCCGAGGUUUGCAAGAAGGACAUGGAAAAUAUCAAUGGAAGAAUGAGAACCAUUAUGUAGGACAGUGGAAGAAUGGUGUGAUUUGUAGCCAGGGGACUUUUACUUGGAGUAACGGAAAUAAGUAUGAUGGCUAUUGGGAAGAUGGUAUGCCAAAAGGAAAUGGAAAAUAUCAAUGGCCUGAUGGCAGUUUCUAUGUAGGGAAUUGGAGUAAGGAUCCAGAUGAACAAAAUGGGACAUAUUACCCUUCAGAGUCCUCCAUGGCUGCAAAUCUUGAAUGGGACCCUAAAACCGUGUAUAACGAGUUGGCUGACUGCAAGAUUUGUCCUGGAGAAAGGGUUUCGAUUAUGCCAUCACAAAAGAAACUGGCAAUAUGGUAUUCAACAAAGGGUGGAGACAAAGUGAGGAGAAAGUCAGUUGAUGGGAGGGUAAGCGUAGGCAUAGAGAGGCCAUUUGAUAAAAUGAACAUGUGGGAAAGUGAUGGUGAUAUCAAUGAUUCCGGAGAAGUGAGGAGAGAUUUGGAUUGUGAGUUGUUAGGUGUACACCAUUACGAUGCAAACCCUAAGUUUAACCUCAGAUUGCCAUUGAAAGCGCCAAAGCCAGGAAAAAGACAAGGAGAAACAAUAUGUAAAGGGCAUAAGAACUAUGAACUUAUGCUCAAUCUGCAAUUGGGAAUCAGACAUUCUGUAGGAAGACCUGCUCCAGCCACAGCUCUUGAUCUUAAGGCUUCGGCUUUUGACCCCAAGGAGAAAAUUUGGACUAGAUUUCCUCCAGAAGGCAGCAAAUACACUCCACCUCAUCAAUCUUGUGAAUUUAAAUGGAAGGAUUACUGUCCUGUAGUUUUCAGGACUUUGAGGAAGUUGUUCGAGGUGGACGCUGCAGAUUACAUGAUAUCUAUUUGUGGAAACGAUGCACUCAGGGAACUAUCUUCCCCCGGAAAAAGUGGUAGCUUCUUUUACUUGACCGAUGAUGAUCGAUACAUGAUAAAGACAAUGAAGAAGUCAGAAGUGAAAGUGCUUUUAAGGAUGCUUUCAGCCUACUAUAACCAUGUCCGAUCCUUUGAGAACACUUUGGUGAUAAAAUAUUAUGGUUUGCAUUGUGUAAAGUUAAUUGGGCCUACUCAAAGAAAGGUACGGUUCAUUAUUAUGGGAAAUCUUUUACGCUCUGAGUAUAUAAUUCAUAGACGUUUUGACUUGAAAGGAUCUUCUCUAGGACGCAUAACAGAGAAGCCUGAGUCUGAGAUUAAGGAUACCACAAUUCUGAAGGACCUUGAUUUGAAUUUCAUAUUCAAACUACAAAAAGCUUGGUUUCAAGAGUUUUGUAGGCAAAUAGACAGGGAUUGCGAGUUUCUUGAACGAGUGAGAACUAUGGACUAUAGUCUUCUAGUGGGUCUUCACUUUAAAGAUAUAUCGCCAAAUGGAGAGCUAAUUCCUUGCGGAAGACGAACUCCAUCUGGCAAUUCUGAGAAUGAAUCAACUCCUCAUCUUUCUAGAACAGAUACAGAUCAACUUCUUGUAGACCCUGAGAGGUGGGCUAGCAUCAAGCUUGAAGCCAACAUGCCAGCAAGAGUAGAAAGAACUAUAAGAAGACCCGAGUGUGAAUUACAGCUUGUGGGACGACAUACAGGGGAGUGUUACGAAGUGGUAAUGUUCUUUGGCAUCAUUGACAUACUUCAAGAUUAUGACAUUACCAAGAAGCUUGAGCAUGCCUAUAAAUCCAUCCAUUAUGACCCUACUUCAAUAUCGGCUGUGGAUCCAAAGCAAUACUCCAAGAGAUUUCGCGAUUUCAUAUUUAAAGUUUUUGUUGAAGAUACUUAG